CAUCGCAAACAGCUUUUUCUCCCGUGGAGGCAGCGCACACACCUUUCUUCAACCUCCGUCGCCUAUUCGCUUGUGCUUGGUCAAGCCCAGAGCCACGGAGGUGCGUUGCCUCGCUCGUCCCCACGGAGGUGCGUGCCUCGCUCCUCGCCGCCAUUCAUGGUCGCGUUCGAGGCGGCGGCACCCUUGCUGCUGCACUACUCGCUCCACUGCCUCCAUUGCCGCCUGACUCGCUACAGCCAUCACUCGAUUUGCUUCACCGCCACCGCUCAAUUGACUCCACUGCCGCCGAAAUCAUUCUUUAUUCGGGAAGAAUCGACUCUACUUUUCUCUCUCCUCCCCAUGAUUUGAUUGCUGCAGUCGUUGGGUCGAGUCAUCCGUCUGCCACAUUGUGAGUUGCUUUUUCUUCCCACGGGAGAAGCCAUACCAGGCUCGGCUUCCACUCAACGAUCCGCAUGCCAUGGCCCUCUCGAGCCGCGCGCCUACGCCUCCCUUCUCGCCCAAUGCUCAGCAUCCCCAUCAUCAAUACAGAGAUGAUCCGGCUUCCCAGACAGGUCAUCGAUCCGAAAGUACUCCGUCUCCCCAACAGGAGCUGCCCGGCCUCAUCCCUUCUAUUAUGCUCCCCAUGCACCCACCGAAGCAUCCUUGGCUACCCUCACACCACCAGCCCCAACAUUGCUCCCCUCCGAGCGUCGACGCGGGCAUCAAGGGCAAGACGGCAUGGCCGCGGCGCGGUUCUUCCUGACAUCACGGGGCGACGGCGUGGGCAUGCGCUGAGAAAGAAGCGGCGGCGAGGCGCGACAGCUGCGGGCAUCUGGAACGCAGCCCCGCCCGCUGAACUCCCGCAGCUCCCUGCAUCCGGCAAGGAUGGCAAGCAGCUGCUCCCUGGGCAGGUAGGAGCGGUCCAGGUAGAGGGAGCGGAGCCCGGGCAGCGAGCGUGCCACCGCCACCACGUCCUCAGGCUUCACGGCCCCCGAGGUCUUGAGCCUCGUGAAGCCGGGGCAGUGCCGCGCUAGCUACGCGGCGAGCGCCGAGAAGGUGGUGGAGGAGGAGGACGGCUUGGUCGCUCAGGCGUGGGGCUAGGAUCCAGCGGUUCAAUGACGACGACCUGGACAAGGAGUUCGCCGCCGGUGGCGGCGGUUUCUGCGACUCGUCCGACGUGGAUGUGAGCCGGCGCGUCAUCUCAACGGCGGAGACAGCGCAACGUCCCGGCGGCACAGGCAGUGCGACAUUCCUCUCCUCCCCCGGUGUCCUCCGAUGCGACGCUCCUCUCCUCCGGUUUGACGGUGCCGCUCCUGCAUCUGCACCAACACUGCUCCACGCGUUCUGCGUCUACAUCAACGCCGCUCCUAGGAAACAAAGGGACCAACCUUGUUUGUAGGAUCCACCACCGCAACCACAUCUCACUUGUCGAGCUUUGGUGUGCAGCGAUCAUCCGAAGCAGAAAUUAGAGCACGUUCUGGCCAUGGCCAGGUAGACAGCCAAAAUCUUCUACAUGGAUCCGGUGGAAAAUAACAGUGGCCGCACUCCAUUAGGAAAUUUGACAAACACCGCCAAUGCAGGUUGUCAGAGUGUAUCCAAUUCACUCACACCAGUUGACGAUGCUAAGAAAUGCAAACGAGAAAGGGAAAGAGCACGAUAUGCGGAACAAAGGAAUGAAAUAAAUAUGAAGCGUCGUGAAAAAUAUCAUAUAAAAAAACAACAAAGUACACUCACCGACAGAUCGAGAGGUGACAUACCAAACAAAUUAAAAACCAAUUUAUGUGCAUUACCCUUUAGCUCUUAUUUAUGGUGUAACAAUUAUGUAGCUGAUGGAGUUGUAUUAGGUGAAGACACGGAUAAUGAUGAAAGUAAUGAUUGGUUGCAUAGGAAUGAUUCCUACCAACCCAUGCAGAUUGGUAAAGAGAACCUAGCUGCAUCUGAUCCUGCUAACACCAUGAAACACCCUAUGAAGAAUGAGUCAAAAAAAUUGUAUGAUAGGGAGCGCUACAAAAGUAUGACGCCUGAUCAGAGGCAAGCAAGGCGUGAACGUCAAAGGUUGCAUAACAGUGAACUCAAACGUAAGGAGGCCUUGAAAAUAGCUGACAAAAAAUUUAGAGAGAUACGGAAGCACACCCUACACCCAGAGUCAAUUGCCAUGGAGAACCCGUUAUAUAUUCCUGAGCCCGCUCUUGGAUCCACACUGAAAUCCAAUGAUUGGUUUAUCCCAGAGUCCAGUGCAACACCUCUUUAUAUUCCUCCAUCUCAUGAAGAGGCCGAUGAUGAAGGAUGUGAUGAGUCAAUAUCUAGCCAUAUGACAAAACGAUCACAUGUUCCAUCUGGACAAAGACAUGUGUUGUUAACGCAUCGUAACAUGAUGUUUGAGCGUCGCAUUGGUUCGAACACAAGGGCAUCUAAUAAAGAUGGUGAUUGCACUGGUUCAAACACACCCUUGCCUCAAUCAGUCAUGACCAUCAAUGAUAGGGCAAGACCCAACAUUCAGGCUACAUCGGCCACACCGAUGGCACCACUAUUUGAUGAAUAUAAUUGCAUGGGUGAAGAACACCUAAAUGAUAACACAUCCUUGCCUGAAUCAGUCUUGACCAACAAUGAAAGGAUAGGGCCUAGCCUGCAGCCUACAUCAAUCGCACAGACGACACCAUUAUUUUAUGAUAGUGAUAAUGAUGAGGGAGAUAUAUUUGAAGAGGAUGAGGAAGAGGAUGAGGGAUACCUAUUUGCUGGGCAAGAUGAGGAAGAUGAUGAUGAUGUCCAAGACAAUAAGCUUGAGGAAGACAUUACUUCUAUCCCUGAAGUACCUGACCCAUAUGAUGGGGUGUAUAGUAACAUGCCUACACAUACCCAUAUGCUAAAACCUGUUGCAAAUUGCGAGCAUUGCAAUGCGAAAAGGUUUGAGCAUGAACCACGUGGGUUUUGUUGCCGCAGUGGAAAGAUUGAGCUCAGUGAACAGAACAUACCUGAUGAGCUUAUGAGGCUUUGGUCAAGUAACGAUGCAGAUGCUAGGCACUUUCGUGACAACAUUAGAUUUUUCAAUGGCCAUUUCUCUUUCACUUCUCUAUAUUGUCGUCUUGAUAGAGCUACUGCAACAAUGAAAAACAGUGGCAUAUACACAUUCCGUGCACAUGGCCAGAUCUAUCACAACAUAAGGUCAUUUGGUAGAGAAGAUGGUAUGGAGCCAAGACAUCUUGAGCUUUACUUCUACGACGAUGAUCCAAGCCUUGAGCAUCGCUACCGACGAUGUCGUGAAGAGAAGUGCCAAAAAGACAAGGAAGUCAUUGAGAGGCUUGUGGCCAUCCUUCGUGACAACCCAUAUUCACAAAAACUUAGGAGUGUAGGCCAGGCUGAACACCUCGAGGACUAUCAUGUCACACUAAACCUUGACCAGAGGCUUGACCAGAGAACAUACAACGCACCGUUAGCUUCAGAGGUGGCUGCCGUUUGGAUCGAGGGAAGCGAACUCCUUGGUCAGUUCCAAAAUAGUGUUGUCUUGCAUGGGAAAGAUAGAAGCAGACAUGGUAUCCGCUCGUAUCAUGGAUGUUAUGAUGCUCUUUCAUACCCUCUAUUCUUCCCUAGGGGUGAGCUUGGGUGGCACAUGGAUAUUCCUAAAAAGGGAGUUAGUAUGGAAGAAGUCAUCGAGUACCGUGCCCUACAGAAGGCUCAUAGUGGGUCCGAAGAAGAAAUAGGUUUGUUCGUCUUAUUUAAUAAAUACUUCACAUGCAUGUGCCUUAAUAGUUAUGCUACAAACAACUCUAAUUCAUGGCUAUUUUUUUGUAGACUCUCCUGGUAGACUUUGUGUCUCUGUGCGUGACUACUAUUGCUACAAAUUUCAAAUGCGUCCUGGAAUAUUUAACCCCAUACUUUAUGGCAAGCGUUUAUUCCAGCAGUUUGCAGUUGACACAUACAUAAAGAU